AUGCAAGAUUGGUCUUUCAACCACAGAACGGGCGGCGUAAGCCAUGCGGAUAACUCGGAUUCUGAUAGUGACGAUGCAGACCGUGGCCGUUGCGGUGUCUCGAGUCUACUUCGCGACAUCGACCUAUCAUCGCGUCAAGAGACCGUGGACUACAAACCAAACCCUUGGAGUAUCGCCAAGAUCAACGCACGUUCGUAUGGUCUUCCGUCGGCAAAGGAGACGGCACAGAUGCCUUCUAAGGCUAAUACGACCCCUACGAUGGGACCGAUCGAAACUGCUUUUAAGAGACAGGCUGACAGAGCGCAGAACACGAAGAUCUCUCGUGAAGGGAAACGCGCUUCGGGAGAGAACGUGACAAAGACACGCGCGAACACCGUAACUGAUCAAACGACGGCGACCGCCCCCUCUCAGUUUAAUCCACCUGAGAGGGCAGUCAACAGACCGAAAUCUCGAUGUCGUGCGUUUCCAAUGCCGCCUGAUCAAUCAGACUCUACCUAUCCAGAGCCUAAUGCGCAUAUAUCCCCUUCUGACGACCUAAUGCACCAAACGAGACAAAGGGCGCCGAUGGUAGCCAGAACCGCCGGCCGUACAAGUCACGCGCACGGGAUCGCGAUGCCUCCUAUCAACUUCCCUCCACCUCCUGAAUCAUCACCUGGUGCUCCAAGCUUGCCAAACGAAUCGGCUAGCAGGCUGUGCCAGUCCAAUAUUCUUCCUCCCCAAACGAGAGUUAAUAAUAUUCCCAUACGAAAGGGAUCCGAAACCUAUGCAUGCCCUGACCCCGCGAAGCCUGCACGACCUUGCGUACCUUCUAUUUCCGAAAAGAAAGUGUUAACGCGCGUACAUUAUCCCUCGUCGCAUGGGCACUAUCCAGGCACACGUUCCUCUCCUGGCGUACCCCAUGUCAGAGCAUCGGAUGAUCAGGAUCGCAGGUUACCUGGCACAGAUCCCUCUUGUCGACCUUACGCACUAUACAGCUCGCCCGUACGCCCUGUCAGAUAUCCAGCAGAAACGACACUCCCUCCUGUCCAGUUAUUAUCCGUUUACAGAACUGACUCGCCACCAACCUAUGGUGCAGAAACCCGAAUCCACGAAGAGGUCCCGCUGCUACAUGUUGACAGCGAGUCGACGUACCUGGUAUCGGAUGCGCAAGGACACGCGGGAAGACCUGUGGCGAAUCCGCGGCACGCAUUAAUUUCCCAUUGCCCUACAAAAAGAAGUGCCUCUCCCAUUCCAGGACCGUCUACGCCAGCCAAGAAAGCUAGGAUUCGGACUUCCUUGCCUUCGCCUCCCUCGCCGCCCCCCAAGCCCCGCCCACCUCCAUACUCGGCAUCUUCACCCACAUUCGCACGUGCGUACAAAUUUGGCACCGAAGAUAACGAUCCUGAUGCAUCCUGGUCUACUUUUUCCGCGGCGAAAUUGGGCAAGAGGACUGCGGCACUCGGUUCUGGGGCGAACAAAGCUCGAAAUGGUCCUAGUGGUGGGAUCAAAAAAUCCGGCACAUUCAAGCUGCCUGGUCACGAGCAGAAGAGGCGUGUGAUCACCUAUCUUCCACCGCCGCCGCAGAUGUCGAAAGCGGAGGCCGGAGGUCCAUCAGAUAAGGAGACGGAGCGUCGGCGCGCCAAGCAUUCGGAAGCCAAAAUUGGCACGUCCGUGACUGCGGCCAAGCAUCAAGAGUUGGACGACAACAACCUCGGCACGGCUGUACCGCCCACAGACUCGGACUGA